ACACACUGUUUUUUUUUAGUUAGUGUAUGUAUUAUCAGAUCCUGAAGAUUAUCAAAAAGAAUUUAACGAUAGCUUGAUGUACAAAUACAUUUAUAAACUUUAUCGUAUCAACUCAAUACUACUGAAGAUUACAAUACCUCCUGCUCCUGAAGCCACUGCGACUACAACUAAUGUACCUAAAGGAGGAAUAAUAAUGAAAAUUAUAUCAAUAAAUGAAGAAAAGAAAGGAAAAGAAAGAAAGAUACAGGUACAAGUUGAUAAGAGAAUAACAUUAGCUCAAUGAAGGAAAAGCUAGUUCCACUAAUUGGUGUACCAUCUACUGAUUUUAGAGUGUAUGAAAUCAGAUAUGGAGAAUGUGAACUGGAUGGACUGGAUGAGACAUUAGUGUACAUGGGCAUGCAUAUUCAAUUUGGAUCAGAGCAUUCAGAGUUAAUAGUAAGACUGGGUAGAGCAUUAAGAAGAGGAGAGUGCAGAAUUAAAUUAUAUUUAUUACAAGUUAACAAUACAGAAUUUUGCAAGUAUAUGAUGGAGUCUAUUGUUGCUAAGAAUACACCAGUUAGAGAAUUUAAGAAACAAAUUAUUGAAGAAGCAAAAGUACAAGGAAUCAACUGUGUCCUUGAAUUAGACAAAAUGAGAUUACGUGACAAGAAUGGAGUAUCCCCUGGUAGAGUAUAUCCUGAUGAUGAAUUGAUUUAUACUAAUAGGGAGAUGUAUGUAGAACCAUUAAAAGAGCCAGAGAAGAUGAAGUAUCAUUGGCAGGUACAGGUAUAUGUUAGAAGAUGGCGUCCAUCGCAACAUUCAGUUGACCCUACAGAAGAAGUUAUACUGGAUACUGAUUUUGAUUAUAAUCAUAUCAUUAAAAAG